CCCAGUAAAUAACUUUAAAACUAUAGUUUUGGUAAAUGAGUUGUUAUUUGAACACAUGUUUUAGACACAAGUUUUUAACGACAGUUUCAUUAAUAACUCAAAGUUGAUACAUGUGUGUGUGUUUUUUUAUUAAAUAUAACUUUUCAAUUAUUCGUUCCCUAAAUACAGUAACAAGGUUGCUAUGGAGACAUAGACAUAGUACCAUGCUUUGAAAGAAAUAUUACUUAAUGCUCGCAUAAUUCUGCUUAAUAUCUAAACCGAUUUCAGUUGUAUCGUUUCUUCAAACAAGAAACAACAGCUACAUCAUUUAAUAAUCUGAAGGAGGAUAUGAGUCUAGCACUAGGUGUUUCUGUGUUAAGAUGAAUUUCAGUUGUUGGCUCCCUCAAUACAGUUGUCAUGGGUUGUCAUGGAGACAUCGUUCUAUGCUUUCAAACAAAUCCGCCCAAGCUCAUGGUUGAUCCAUCUUAAAAACGAAAAAGAUUUCAAACAUGUCAUACCGUGAAGUAACAGAUUUUAUUGACAAAAUGUGUUUACUGGGCUAUCCGCGCUUAAUUUCUCGUGAGAAUUUUCGAUCGACUAAUUUCGGAUUGGUAGCAGAGAUAUUGAACUGGUUUUGUCAAAAGUUGGAUACAAACAAUGGAAUAAAUUUUCUUUUGGAAACUGAGCAAGAACGUGUGGUCUUCGUGAUAUCUGCUGUCAAAUUUCUGAAUACCAAGCUACAGAUAAAACUAAAUCCCAAGCGACUUUACCAAGCGGAUAACAUAGCGGUAAGAGAACUUCUCAAUGUGGCAACUUUUUUCUACGAGGCGAUGCAGCUUGCCCGUAAUGGUGGCGACGAAGACGAGCCAUCUCUUUAUGGAUUCAGCGGUCAGGUACAGAAACCCAACUGGUUAAAGAAAUUCUAUUUCUAUUGUUUCUAUUCUCAGUCAGAAGACGUUCGUGAAAUGCGCCAACUUGCGUCUGAGAUCACAUCAAAAGGCGCUUUGAUUCAUGAUUUUUUAGGGCAAGAAUCUCGAAUGAAAUAUCAGCGAGAUCAAGUGCUACAGCAUACCUACGAACUCGGGCAAAUUGAAUCUGCAUUGCAAAUCAAAAUGAAAAAAAUGGAGGUGAAAAUUACUCAAAAGCAAGAGGCCAUUGAUAGUAUAUCUAACACCGAAGCAUCGCUGGACCAAAAAAUUGACAAAAAGAGUCAAGAACUUCAGCGUCUCCGCAAACGUUUGGAAACGAUGAAAAAUAUAAGGCCACCUUUUAUGGACGAAUUCGAAAAGCUAGAAGCAGAACUCAGACAAUGCUACGAAGAAUACGUUAGCAAAUUUCGUUGUCUUUCGUACCUUGAUGGGCAAUGGCAGGAACUUGAGAAAAAUGAACAGCAGGAACUUGAAGAAAGACAGGCUGCCGCCCGGAAGAUGGCUGAGCGUCUAAGACAGGAAGAAACUUUGCAGGCUCUUGAAGCUGCUGUGGGUGGCACGUGGGAAGGGGGAAAAGAUUUUGAUUUAUCUAGUGAAGGAUCGCUGGAGAGCCCAAGUGACAAAGAACGGAAUAAAUCUGAUUCGCGGCCACGAAUUGGAAGUCGUCGAAUUGGUGUCAAGAACGAUAAUGAUCUUCUCAACAGUGACACGGAGGAUUCUGAUUUAGAGGCGGAAGAUCCACAUCUUGAAGAAGGUUCUUCUGACUCGGACGUUACCAUAGACGAAUGGCAAAACGAAUCUCGAGCAUGGCAGGUCGGUCCAGGAAAUAGCAACCGAUCGAAAGCUAGGAGUGAACCACUAAUCAAACCUAUUCUUGCAAACGUAUCUGAAGAUGACUUUUAAACGAUGAUUUUAGUAAUUAAUUAAAAUACUACAAAACAGUCAACACAUCCAAAAUCGAUUUUCAUUGUUUUCCUUUUUAAAUCGUAGUUUUAAUUUUUAUAUUUUGUCUAAUAUAUAUCAAUUCCAUUCAUGCCACUAAA